GAUGGUAACCAGUCGUGGAGACAGCCAUGGGAGCGUUUGGACUUGUCAUCAAACUGUUCGCUUUAUUAAUUGGGGUGUGCUUGGGGCAGCAGCGGUAUACUGUACAGCAAGCGUUUGAGGUUCACGAGGUAGUGCCCGAUGUAGUGAGCUACCCGCCCAGAAGUAUGCUGGAAGUAUGUUACCCUACUGGCUUCCGCCUCAUGUUUGGAAACACAGCCUGCCCGUCGCAGCUGAAGGAAGCCCCAACUGUGAUGUGGAGGGCUAACCCUUAUCGCUACUACACCCUUAUUGUAGCAGAUCCCGACGCUCCCUCGCGAAUAGCUCCAGAGGACCGGGAAUGGUUGCAUUGGCUGGUCAUCAAUAUCCCCGGAGCAAACCUGGCUGCUGGGGAGACCGUCUUUGACUACCUGCCCCCCGGCCCACCACCUAAGACUGGCCUGCACAGAUACGUCUUCUUGGUGUAUGAACAGCCUUCGAGGAUAUGCUUUAAUGGACCAAGAGAAUUCAAGAAUCGUGGCAAAUUUUCUGCCGAGCAGUUUGCAGCGCAGAAUGGACUGGGCAUUGCUUACGCGGGCAACUUCUUCUUGACCCAGAACGAGUCAAACCCGUGAGAUUUGGAGGGGCAAGUUGUGGUUACAGAUAUAAUAAACGUUUACAUAAAACUA